AUGCGGCUGUUUCUCCCCCUCGUAUUGACGAUUGUGACAGCCGCUCAGCAGGAUCCUAUUCAGGACUUUUGCCGACGAUAUCAACACCAAACCUGUGUGAUAGACGAUAAACUCUACAUCGAUGGCGGAAAAGUCCAUUAUGGUGGAUUUGUGGAAAAUGGAAGCAUCGCGCAGCAAAACCCUCGACUCCUAUGGGGGAAUACCCUAGCCACCGAUACGGAAACCGAGUUUCCCCAAUUGUUUAAGAACUUAUCGAAGGAGUCUGAAGUGCCUUCCGUGAGCGGCGGUGUACUAUGGCCCGACAUAACCAACAAGUUAUUCUAUCUCUUUGGCGGGGAAUACCACGAUAUCUCGCAGGUGCAGCAAUUCACCAGCCUUUGGUUUUUUGACAUUCUUUCCAGCACCUGGAACCGCACGACUUCCUCUGCGGCUCAGACCGGCAUCUUAUGGCCAGCAUUCGGAUCAGGUACAGUUACGGAAGAGGGGACUGCAUAUUACUAUGGAGGCUAUCUGGGCAAUAAAACCACUCCCAAAUGGAGUGGAGAACCCAUGAUGCUCUCGUCGCUAAUAUCCUACAACAUGGAUACUCACAUCUGGUCCAAUCACACAUAUGAUAACAUUGCACGAGCCGAGGGGAUACUACAGUAUUUUCCAGCCUCAGCAUCGGGCAUGUUGUUAUAUUUCGGAGGGGUCGAGACUGGAAGUGAUGGCAGAGUGCGAUAUAGUAUCAGGAUAUUCGACAUAAACGAGAACAAGUGGUUCACGCAGGUUGCAACUGGAUUUGUCCCUUCUCCGAGGCGUGGGAUGUGUGCUGGUCUAGCUUGGGCAGUCGACCACUCCUCAUUCAACGUUUACGUUCAGGGUGGCAUUGGUGAAGACGGAGCUACAUUCGGAGAGACGUACAUUCUGACAAUACCGUCCUUUCAAUGGACACUGAUCUACCCAGAACCGAGUCGCGUCCCAAAUACUGCAACAGGAAAAGGCUGGUCGUCCUGUAACGUUGUGCGAGGAAUGUCACAGAUGAUCGUUCUUGGUGGCUACUUCGCCAACACUUCGUUCGUGGAUUGCGACGUACCUGAUCACAACGGACAACACGGCCUUCUGCUCGGGCAGGAGAGCGCAGAAGUCAAGCGGCCGCAGACCCAAUGGUGGUGGCGGCUCAUGCCCGAAUUCAAUGGGUAUCGGGUCCCCGACAAGCUUGUCUCGUUGGUCGGCGGCAAUACCAGUGGUCAUGCCACAAUGACAACACCUGUACAAGGCUGGGAAACCCCUCAGCUCUCAGGAUACUUUCUGGGCAUGAAGCCGGCUGCGUCUCGAACAGCCACAAGGCUGAUCCCGGCCACAUCAACGGAAUCGAACCAGUCAAAAUCUAGCGGUCCAAAUACUGGUGCUAUUGCUGGCGGAACCAUUGGGGGCGUUGUCGCACUUGCCAGCAUAAUCGCCAUCGUUUUCUACUGGCUCCGUUACAAGCGUCGCCAGCAAAGUAAACACAACACACCUGAACUUGACCAGAACCACCAAAGAGCGGAGCUCGAUGGUCCUGCUGUAUGCGAGAAGCCUGUGACAGAUGUCAAUGUUCUGCAUGGCGGCACUGUGCCUUGUUCCAUGACGUCGACACCGUCUCAAGUCUCGCCACCACUUGUGCCAGCAUCCUGGCGCCAGGACUCUCCUUGCGCUGAGCUACCAGAGUCCACGAUUUCAGCUAGUGUUGAACUUUCCGAUGUCAGAAGUCCGACCACCGGCGAGCCCCCAAAUUUCAUGCGCCCAGUCUCUCGUCAUGAUGGCACCUGA